AUGAGUAUCCGCCUUGAUCAAAUUACCGAAGACGAUGUCGGCAAUUCUCGCCAGAAGAAAAAGUCGAAGGUCACCAAGAAAGAGGAAUCUGUCGAUCUCGAUGCCCUGCUCAUGGCUGGAGAAACUCUCAACAAAGAAAACACUCCUCCAUCUUUUCCAAAACGCUCCGUGGGCUCAGACUGGAGCGAUUCGGAGGACGAAGCUCCUCCUCCACCAAAGCGCUCCACUCGAGCCACCAAGGCUAAAGCUCAAGAUCCAGUCAAAACCAAGGCUCGUGGAAAGACUGCUUCCAAAGCAGAACCCAAGCCUAAGAAGAAAAAGACAGUCAAGGAGCAAGUUUCCGAGGAAGAUGAAGAACCACGGUCGCCGAUGAAGAAGAGAACUAGAGCCGGUCGCGCGAAGGCUGCAGAAGCUCCAAAGAAAGAAUCAAAGUCGAAGAAAGCCAAAGCCACAAAAGAGGUCAAAUCGAAAUACUUCAAGGCCGAAGCUGACGACAAUCAGAAUGACACUCCUCAGCCAGAAGAAAGCGAUGAAGAAGCUCCUGCUCCUAAAAAAGCAGCGAAGGGGCGAAAGAAAGCCGCGCCGAAGAGAAAGAAGGUGAAGGAAGAAAAUGAGUCGGACUGGUCGGAAUCCGACAAGGAAGAAGAAAAGCCCAAACCAAAGGCUAAAGCAAAGAAAAGAGGUGCUAAGAAAGAAGCAGAGGAGAAAGAAGACGAAGCUCCCAAAGGCCCACACGUCGAAGGCACCUAUCUCGACGACGGAACUCUUCAAAUUGAAAUAACAGAGGCGAAGAAAAACCGCUUCAAUGAAGAAUACAAAGAAACUCCGGAAGAGCGACAGCAGCGCGAGUGGGCAGCCUACAUGAGGUCGAUUAUUAAUCGUGAGAAGCGAGAGCACUCUCAAGAACGACACCGAAUCGAUCUUUUGGUCCACUUGUGGCUCGGUCUCAGCUGGGACAAACACAUUGAUUGCAAAUUUCUUCAGGCGAACAUCCUAUCCAUGCUGCCCAUUGACGCCAACGUCGAUUCUGAAGCUGACCUCCGCCGACUCACAGUCGCGAUGAACAGCUCCUUCCAUUUUCCCGCCGCUCCAGCCGAUUCCGGCAUCCCUAGCCCCCACGGCGGACUUCUCCUUCUCGACCGAGCUCUUCAGCGAUACAAUUGCGAAGACCCUUGGUGGAAGAACAAAUCGAUCACCUAUCAGUACUUCCUCCGAACUUGCCUCUUCGUCGCUGCGGUACGAUCUGUCGGUGGAAUCGCUCGUCUUGUCAUCGACGGACGAAUUCAUCACCACAAGCCGCAGUCCGAAAAACAGCUCAAGGAGGGAAAAAAGAAGAAUGAAGAAAUCCGCCGAAUGGUUUCCAAACACGAGUCCUCCGUCAUUCUCAACAGCUGGUGCGAAGUUUUCAUCGGAGAAACCUGGCUUCCGGUCAUUAUCAAGGAGAACAGAUUCGCAGUUGUGGAGACGAAAAACGUCGAAGGGUUCCUCUACUGGCCAGUGAAGUAUUGCAUGGGCUUCGACGGAGGUGUUCGGGAUGUUACUGCGCGAUACGCAUCAAAGUGGCUGGAAGACACCAAGAAGCUUCGCAUCAAAUAUGUGGAGAAAAACACCAACUACUGGAAGGAAACAUGUGAGAUGUUCCCCUCGCGAAAUAAGCACUUGGAAACUGCAGAGACAAAAGAGAUGAACAAGAAUCUCAAGUCUGCGCCAAUCCCGAAGACGAUUUCUGCCCUCAAAGGUCAUCCUCUCUACGUCUUACGUCGUCAUGUCCUCAAAUACGAAUGCAUCUAUCCCGAAGACACAACACCUGUCGGACAGAUCGAAUUGAAAUCAAAGGGAGAAAUCACAUACGAAGACAUCUUCCCUCGAAAAGCCGUCAAAAAGCUUCACACCAGAGGAACAUGGCUCCAAAAUGCUCGAGUCGUACGCGACGGAGAAGUUCCAAUGAAAAUGGUUGCCAGCUGGAUGCAAAAUAAAAAGGCUGGCAACGACGCUGGUGCUAAGAACUCUCCUCUUUUCGGCGAGUGGCAGACUGAUUGGUACAAAGCUCCUAUUGCGAAAGAUGGUCUUGUCCCCAGAAACGAUUUCGGAAAUGUUGAUUUGUAUCAGAUGUGCAUGCUUCCAAUUGGAACGGUUUUUCUCGAGGAUUUGGACGACUUCGGAGUGUGCUCUCGAGUCUGCAGAAAGCUUGGAAUCGACGCGGCAAAGGCCGUUGUCGGAUUCGAUGGGAAGAAGGGAUACCCUAAGAUCGGCGGCUACGUCAUUUGCAAGGAGUACGAGCAGACAGUGCGAGAUGCAUAUGUUGAAGCUGCCGGUAUUUCGGAAGAACGCGCUCGACAGAAAUCUCGCAGUCGGGCGAAGAAGAACUGGCGAAAGCUACUCGCUCUCUAUUUCGCGAAAAAGAAGGUUGAACGACUCUUUGCUGGACGAGAAGUUGAUCCUCAACUUGAACGCGUUAUUAUGAAGGGCCAGCGUCGAAAGAUGGAUCUCGAGGACGAAUCAUCCGAUGAAGAGAUUGAAAAACUGGAGAAAAAGGCCUCCGCAACGACCAAAAAACGCGCUCCAGCGAAAUCAAGCGGGCGCGGACGAAACAAGGACGAUGACGAUACAAUUGAAUCGAUCGAGUCUGAAAACGAAGAGCCCGAAGCCUCGUCUGACAGCUCCGGUGAAUCAGAUGACGACUCUCCGCCAGCAAAGUUGACGAAGAAGUUGAAGCAGCAAGUCGCAAAGACAGUUAUUCCACGAGAGAGAAGCUCUCGCCGCGCUAAAGCUGCCCCAGCCAAACCGGUCAAGUACGAAUUCAGCGGUAGCGAAUCUUCUGAGUUCUCGGCUGAGUCGAAUGAUGAAGACUGGGAUUAA